AUGAGGGCUUCUAGUUUGGCUUCAAAUCUCUCUGCCGCUAAGCCACCUCCCAACUUCAGGACUGUUGCUCAACCUCCUGAAGGUGGAGUUCCUGCUAUCCCUCCUAGUGCGCCUGUAUUCUUCACCAAUUAUGCAAACAAUUCUGAUGUACCUGUAGGUCAACAACCCUCAUUACCUUGGCGCCAUCUUCUAACGGCAUGGUAUCAAGCUGGCUACCGUGAGGGUCAAAGAAGGGCACUUGAAGAGCAGGCUUGA